CUGCCGCUUUAUUAUUUAUACCGUGUGUGUGUGUGUGUGUGCGCCCGCCCGCGUGUGUGUGUGUGUGUGUAGACGCGCGCGCGCCUUGACAGUCAGCCGCCACGGACUAACUGCGUCUUAGCGCGGAGAGGUCGGACUUCUGGCUGGAGGAAAACACAAAAAAACCGCUUCCGUCCUGCCGAACCCUUUUACUUUUUUUUGUUCCGAAACAGAACCGGGGACAAGCCGCAUGUUCCGUGGAUGAUGAAAGAAAAUUAGAGAUUUGUGAUCGUGGAUUUGAGUGGAUUUAUCUCUCUGUGGAGGAGAAGAGAGAGCCGGAGCUGAGCGGUGUGAGACACAGCUGAGGUCCGUGUGAUUUUGCUAUCAUGCAUCAUCAGCAGCGGAUGGCAGCUUUGGGAACAGACAAGGAACUCAGUGACUUACUGGACUUCAGCGCGAUGCGAAACAGCGAUUUGAAAAUGUUCCCAACAUCCAUGAUGUUUUCCCCUCCUGUUAGCAGUGGAAAGAACGGACCGACCUCCCUGGGGAGCGGACAUUUCUCCGGCUCAAAUAUGGAGGAGAGGACAGGUGGAGGUUCAUGGGUCGGAGGAAGCCGCUCCUCGAAGAGUUACGCAGACGGACCUCAGUACAUGGCCUCACACGAGAGCCUCUCGCCUCCGUACAACAACUCCAGGCUCACAGGGAAAACAGAGAGGAGUCCUUACUCUUACGGGAGGGAACCCAACCCUCACUGCCACCAGUCAAUACUGGGAGGGGAGAUGGGUUUGGGAAGUCCAGGCGCAGCGUCACCCACCAAGUCGGCAAGCCAGUACUACCAGCACUACAGCGCAAACCCGCGGAGGAGAACGCUGCAUAUGGAUUCCGCCGAAAUCCACACGAAAAAAGUCCGAAAGGUUCCUCCUGGUUUGCCGUCGUCGGUUUACGCUCCAUCUGCCAGUACAGCGGACUACAAUAGGGACUCGCCGGGAUACCCGUCCUCUAAGCCCCCUAGUGCCGGUUUCCCAAGUUCCUUCUUCAUGCCAGAUGGUCACCACAGUGGGGAUCCCUGGAGCAGCAGCAGCAGUAGUAUGAGCCAGCAAGGUUACCACGGCAGCAUGUUGGGGAGCAGCAACUCCUCGCACGGUCCCUCACAAGGCUCCUCCUACUGUGGGAUUCACCCUCACGACAGAUUGCAGAACUAUCCUCCACACUCAUCAGCGGACAUUAACUCCAGCCUUCCUCCCAUGUCCAGUUUCCACCGAGGCACUGGCAACUCCGGUGGCUCCAAUCACUACAGCACAGCGUCGUGUACGGCCUCCACUAACGGCACAGAUAGCGUCAUGGCAAACAGAGCGCAGAGUGGAGCAGCCAGCAGCUCUCAGACAGGAGAUGCCUUAGGGAAAGCACUUGCAUCGAUCUACUCACCAGACCACACAAACAACAGCUACUCGUCAAACCCCUCCACCCCCGUCGGCUCACCACCAUCCCUGACAGCUGCCAGUUCGGCUGUCUGGUCCAGAAAUGGUGGUCAAGGAGCUUCAUCGCCAAAUUACGAGGCGCCACUUCACUCUCUGCAAAGCCGCAUUGAAGAUCGUCUGGAGCGAUUAGACGACGCCAUUCAUGUAUUGAGAAGUCAUGCCGUGGGACCUUCGCCAGGCAUGUCCAGCGGGCACAGUGACAUGCACAGUCUCAUCGGGGCAGCACAUACGCACAAUGGUGCCAUUGGAGCUUUGGGGAGUGGGUACGGCUCAGGACUGCUUUCAAGCAACAGACACUCGCUCAUGCACAGAGAAGACGGCGGCGUGGGGGGAUUACGUGGGGGACACUCGAUGGGCAGCCAAGUUUCGGGGCCUCAGCUGGCCGUCCAGUCAGCCACAUCUCCAGACCUCAGCCAGCCAGACCCUUACCGUGCUCUAUCUGGAGGCCUUCAGGGCCAGAGCACUUCCUCGGUCAGCUCCGAGAUCAAGUCUGAAGACGAGGGCGACGAGAACCUCCUGCAGGAUACGAAGCCACUGGACCCGAAGAAGGAGGACUUGGACAGCAAGGAUCUCAAAUCUAUUGAUAGGUCAAGAUCUAGCAACAACGAUGAUGAGGACCUGUCGCCUGAGCAGAAGAUGGAGCGUGAGAGGGAGCGGCGGAUGGCCAACAACGCUCGGGAGCGCCUCCGGGUCCGCGACAUUAACGAGGCGUUCAAGGAACUAGGCCGGAUGGUUCAGCUGCACCUGAAGAGCGACAAACCACAGACCAAGUUACUGAUCCUGCACCAGGCCGUCGCUGUCAUCCUCAGCCUGGAGCAACAAGUCAGAGAGAGAAACCUGAAUCCCAAAGCAGCCUGUCUGAAGCGCCGCGAGGAGGAGAAGGUGACUGUGACAUCUGACGGGACACCACUCUCACUGGCCGCUGCGCACCACGCUGCCGCCAUGGCUGAUGGUUCAAAUCCCAUGGGACAAAUGUAAAACGCAGCAACAUCUCCUCCCCCCGAAUGGUCCAAGGUGCCAGAGUUCCUCAAGAUGAUGAGUGACCACUUCCUCUGACCACGUCUCCAUGAUAGCUGGGCGGUCGACUUGUCGCCGCCGCAAGCUUGACCGAUCCAAUUCUGUGGAGUUUUGCGCCGACCAAUCAGAGCCGACCAGCGGCUCUUCUUCCUCUUCUUCUCCUGUCCAGAAACAGAAAGUCACUUUGCUUUUCUGAGCUCCGGCAGACAAACUUUGAACAGACUUUGUGGUGACACCUGGAGAGUUUUAUCUUGCAGUGAAAUGGACGAAAACUUUUGUAUAAUUAAUCAGCAUUCCCACGCCGAAGGGUGAAUAUGACAGGGGGGCAGUGAGAAGGGUCAGAAACAUGGAGGGUCCAUGAAUGAACUACACAUAUCAUAAAGAGGUGACAGAGAUUUACUGCGUAUUUGUGGAUGAAGCUGUGCAUUAUCACCUAAGAAAACCAGUCAGUCAGAGCCGAUGCGGUCCAAAGUCACUGCAUCACAAAAAAUCUGAUUCCAUAAUGAUCAAGUAAGCCACAAAAACAAACUUGAGAAGACACAUAAUCCACAACAGUUAAAGAUCGUUCAGACAUUAAUGUCAGCCUCCAGCACACAUCUUCAGCUCAAAGAUAAUCAUCUCAGUCAGUGAAUCCAGGGGGACACACAUUCACCUGUGUGUUAUAAAAUAGUUCCAGUUCCACCUGAAGCACAUUCCAUCUGUGAGUACGCAGCUCUCCUGCCGUCCAAUGGGGCAGUUUAGACCAAGUGGACCAAGUUUUACAGGAAGUGCGUGAAUGGAGGUGGGAGGUGGUUGGUGAUUCCCAUGGGAAGGGCUUUUCUUCUGUUGGUGCGGGUGCUUUAUGACUUUUGCUAGUGGAUUUCCCACCUAGCGCUGCGAAAGUCUACAGGUCUUUCAGCCACUAUGAGUGGUGUCACUUCGGCAACACGUCACGUUAGCGGAGAGAAUUCAGCGGUGAACUGAGCGGUGACCUUGGUCUCACAUCUAAGGAAGCCACACACACAACUAGAAUUGGAUUCUUUUUCUCUCCUUCCCAACCAAGGACUCUAAACACCCGGUUACUGUAACUCUUUAGAUUAUCCUGAUGUCCUGGGUGUGUUCACAGUCAAUACAUUCCAAUAAUCAUCCCGGAAAACUGUUCCGGCGUACGUACACGUUUAAUAUGUGGGAAGAACCGAUCGCCCCCGACUUAAACAGUGACGUGGAACAGAAUGCAGCCAUUCGAGAAGUAAUCCAACAGAGAAACAGAAGCAAAGGGGGAAUUGAUGAUAAUAAGUCAAGUUUUUAAGCAAAUCUCAUUCAAAUCUGCAGCCGUCCUCACCCAGUCCAUUCCUUCAGGUAUCCGGGUCGCAUACACAAACCUUAGUUCCGUGAGCAGAUGUGUUCCUGUUUUAUUAUUAGUUAUUAUCGUGUUUCUUUCAAGACGCUUCUGUUAAAAUAAACAAAAAAACAUAAACAACAUAAAACCACCAUCCUCAGGUGCACUUCCAUGCUGUAUGUUUUUAAUCGUCAUGUGUGGCAUCUCUGACAAAAAAAAAAUGUUUUCCAUUUUGAAAAUAAAUGCAGCCCCCUGUUAAAGCGGUCAUCGGAUCAGUGGCUGAUUUGUAGAAGCUGGUUAAGAAGCAUAAAUGUUUUAGCCGAUCAAUGACAUAGUUGUGAGAGAAAAUGAGAUCAACAUCGCCAUCUAUCAGCAGCUAAAACCGAGAACCCAAUCCGGUCCAGCUGCGGGCUAUAUAGCCACAUAAAUAAAUGUAUUUGUCAUAAGAGAAAGGUGUCAUAGUUUGACUGACAUAGUUGUUGAUAACGUAUAUGUGUAAAGAUACAAGUCAAAAAUUACUUAAAUCUAUUUGGUGACAUAAAAAGCAAUCAUCAAGAGUUGUAAAUUGUAAAUAUAUAUAUUGAAUAUAUAUAUUUACAGAAACAUAAUCCUCUCUAUUGCCAAGUUAAUAUGCAGAAGAAUUUGACAAGGGACAACUAAAAAGUCUAAACUAAAAUGAAAAAAUAAAAUUGGCAAGACAAGAGAGAUAUUUUUCACUUGAGUCUACCAGCUGUAGCAGCUUCACAGGAGCCAUUGCCCAGGUCCAUUAUGUGAAAGAAUGGUAAACAUGCCCACUAUGAAAUGUGCCCUACAUUCCCUGCCUGGCCUGACUGUGUGAUAACACAGUGACAGUGUUGCCAAGUGAUGACACCCACUCCAUUCCAAACCUGUAAAGUGAAGCUCUACUCCUCCUCAUUCACCCCCCCUCUCCAGCAGCCCCACAGAUGCAAUUGUACCCGUCACUCUCGUACCAAUGUGCCUUUUUUAGAGUUCAUAUCACGGGAGUCGCCAGAGGAGGACACCUGGUCUUUAAUAGGAUGCAAGCUGGACCCGGUUCUUAGAGGUUAGGUUCUAUGCAGUCAGUUUUUUACCAGACCUGGGAAUUUCAAAAAAAGAUAAAAUGGAAAAAAGUAUUUUUUUGGAUUAAAACUGUAUUUAAUGUACUGUAAUGUACUUCUAUGUAAAGUAGACUGCGUGUUUUGGCUUUGCGCUGACAGGACAGGCCCUGGCCAGCUUCUUCCUGCCCCUCUGAAUCCCCCAAAACUCUGCUCCUGUUUCAUCAGUGAACAACACGUCUCUUCUUGUAAUAUAGCUUAUCGGCUUUUUAUCAAUAUUUGAGCGGCUUGUCGGAAAGCCAGUGUAGUCUCAGUAUGGAGUGUGUAGUUGUACGUUGUAAAACGAUUUUGCUUUCUCCUUUUUAAAGAAAAAUGUCAUUUCUCUGAUUCAUUUGAACCUUUGCUUCUGGUUUGUACGUCGAAGAAAGAAAAAAAUUAAAACAAAAGUCUGUUAUUGUUUGACAGGAGACUGGAACAGAAUUUAUUUGAAGAAAUUAAUCUAUAUAUAAGUGUACAAAAAUAUAGUGGAUAUAUUAGAAGGGUUCCAUUUUUUUAUUUUUCUCUUUUUGCUUGGAGAGGAAUAAUUUUCUACACAACUGGACUGGUAGAAGAUGUCGUUGCCCCCGAGCAAAUAAAAUGUCUGCAGACAGGUCCUCUGUUGCCGUGACAACACUCUUGAGAUCUUUAAACUGAGACAAACAUGGAACUGGAUACUAAAAUCUGUCUUCAACAUGAACAUUUGUAAAUUGUAUGCAACAAACUUUACCAUUAUUUUAAAAUUGUGUAUGUAAAAGUUAUAUUUUUACAUGUAGACUGUUUUGUGUUUUAGAUAUGUAUCGUUCAUUUGUUUUUUUUUAUUUUAUUUUGAGAAAAAAAGGUAACAUUCAGUGUGUGUUUUUUUUAAGUGUCACAUUGAAACUGUAACAACUUUGAAAAUGAAGAAAUCUUUUUUUCCCUGUUGAUAAAUGUGGAACAAUGGUGUUCAUUUUUGGAGGAAGGGGAGCUGAAGCCCCUUCAUCUCUCUGCCCCUCAUGACGUUUGCGUCUUCAUCGUAGUUUUUAUUUGCAGACAAAUGUGUAAAUAGACUUGUGAGGACAGAACAAGUGGAAGAUUCUUGUGAGGUCAUUUUUGUUGUGUGGGUGAUGUUGCACAGUGCCAACUCCUCAUGUCCGUGGUGCUCAGUGCUGUGUGCUGCCUGCUCUCACCACCGGGGGCACUAAUGGGAUUUAUUCUCAAAUUGAAACUGCGCACACAAGAAUUCUUGUUAAAGGGAAGGUUUCUGUCAUGAGAAACACUAUGGAUGGUUUUCUAAUUAGUUUAGUUUCGGAGUGUCUGGUGGAAAAUAAGUCAAUUGCAUCGCCCCCUGUUGGCAGUAUCUGUAUUAUUAAUGUGAAUACUAUGUUGGACCAUUGGCACUCGGAAAUUUUUUAAGUGAUUGGUUGAACAUAAAUGAGAAGAUUGUCAGCAAACAAUCACACCAGCUAUUUCCCCAAAAAUGUAUCGGACCAUGUGCAAAAGUGUUUGUGUUUGACAUUUCCAUGGAGCUUGUAGCUGAAAAGCUAUGUGAGUGGGACCUGGUGUAAACACGAGGACUGAACCUGUCUGAUUUAUAAUAAAUGGGUUGUUCUGUU